UUGAUUCUGUAAAAUUAAAAACAAUCAUUCAUGAGAAUAUUAUUUAUCUAUAAAUUAAUUAUUUAUAAAAAGGGGUAACUUCCAUAUUUGACAUAAUAUUGCGUAUUCUGACAGAUAUCUUUUGUGUUACAAGACAAUAAUAGCAGACAAUAUGCAUGAAAGCAUAGAUGACAUAUGUAAAGCUAUUGAUGAAAAUUUAUUGCGUAAUUUGGAGUUAAUGCAAGAGAAAAUUGAUGUCAAUGUACAAAUGGAGAAAAUACUGCGUGAUGGUUAUAUUGAAUUAGCUAAGGCAAAGUAUAUACGAGGAAAGGAAAGCAUAAGCGUUUUACAGGUUCCUAUUGAAGAUGAAAGAGUAAUCACACUCUUUGAAUUAGAGACAAAAUUAACUGAGGAAACUGGUAAAAUAGUUCCAAAUUUUGACAUAAGCUUGAAGAAGUCAGAUAAUUAUGGAGAUGAGAUUCAAGAUCCUAUAAAAUGGUUUGGAGUAUUGGUUCCACAGAGUUUAAGAAUUGCGCAAAAACGUUUUCAAGAAUCUCUUUAUCUUGUUGUAAGAGCAGCAAAUAUACAAGCAGAAAUUACUUCUGUAGUAGACAAAUUACAAUCUUUAUAUUUUUUAAAACACACUUCUUGCUCAACAAAUGACCCUAAAAAUUCUGUCAUUUUGUCUUGUUAGGUUAUUUUAUUAGCUAUAUUUUUAUUAAAAAAAAUUAUUUGUAAUUGUAAAUGUAUCUUUGUACUAGUAAAAUUUAUGUCAAAGUAAAAUUAAUAAAAAUUAAAUAAAUUAAUAAAAAUAUAUACGAUUGAUCUGAUGCCUAAUACGGUU